AUGGCAUGGGUGAAAUUUUUAAGAAAACCUGGGGGUAACCUUGGAAAAGUUUAUCAGCCUGGAAGUAUACUGUCCCUGGCACCUACAAAAGGCUUAUUAAAUGAACCAGGACAAAACAGCUGCUUUCUUAAUAGUGCUGUCCAGGUUUUGUGGCAGCUUGACAUAUUUCGACGAAGUUUAAGAGGUUUAACUGGACAUGUGUGUCAGGGAGAUGCGUGCAUAUUUUGUGCUUUAAAGGCAAUAUUUUCACAAUUUCAACACAGUCGAGAAAAAGCACUCCCAUCAGAUAAUAUGCGACAUGCCCUGGCAGAAAGUUUUAAGGAUGAACAGCGUUUCCAGCUUGGAUUCAUGGAUGAUGCAGCAGAAUGCUUUGAAAACAUCCUUGAGAGGAUCCAUUUUCACUUGGUGCCAAACAGUGAAACAGAUAUGUGCACUUCAAAAUCCUGUAUUUCUCAUCAGAAGUUUGCUAUGACACUGUAUGAACAGUGUGUAUGUCGUAGCUGUGGAGCGUCAUCAGACCCAUUGCCUUUUACGGAAUUUGUGCGUUACAUUUCUACCACAGCCCUGUGUAAUGAAGUAGAAAGAAUGAUGGAGAGGCAUGAACGUCUCAAGCCAGAAAUGUUUGCAGAACUGCUGCAGGCAGCAAAUACUAGUGACGACUACAGAAAUUGUCCUAGUAACUGUGGUCAAAAAAUAAAAAUCCGUCGUGUUCUUAUGAAUUGUCCUGAGAUUGUCACAAUCGGUUUAGUCUGGGAUUCAGAACACUCUGACCUGACAGAAGAGGUUAUGAGGAAUCUGGCAACACAACUUUAUCUUCCUGGGCUGUUUUACAGAGUUACAGAUGAAAAUGCCAAAAAUAGUGAACUUUUUCUUGUGGGAAUGAUUUGCUACACAAGCCGACAUUACUGUGCCUUUGCCUUUCACACCAAGAGUUGCAAAUGGGUGUUGUUUGAUGAUGCAAAUGUAAAAGAGAUUGGAACAAAAUGGAAAGAUGUGGUCUCCCGGUGCAUUCGGUGUCACUUUCAGCCACUGUUGCUGUUUUAUGCUAACCCAGAUGGCACAGCUGUAUCUCCAGAAGAUGCUCCAAAGCAGAUUAUUCACUGGUCUCAGUGUAAAGCAGCAGCAGGAAAUGGGGAAGACUUGGGACUUGAAAAACAUUCCACCCUUAAAUCAGACCAAAUGAAAGAGAAUGGAAUCGGAGAUCCCUCUAAUCAAAGGACUAAUAAAAAACUUCAGCCAGAUAAUUCAGCAAUCAGUAGAAGCCAUAUUCAAGCUAGUGGUGGUAGAGGUCCAGCUAAGUUAGGUUACAGCGAUCAAAAGGACAGGCUAAAGGACAUAUCCAGAGAGUGUGCUCAAAAAGCUGCUGAUAUGAAAAACUUCUCAUCUUUACGGAAAGAUGCAGAUAGAGGACCAAGAAAAGAGUCUGGGAGACAAAGAGAUUUGACGGGGGAAGAUCAUGCCGGUGUUAAGUCGGGGUCUCCUCCAGUUGGAAAUGGACUUAGACACUGUGCUGAUCAGCGCAUAUACAGCAGCCAGGGAAGAGGCGUCUACAAGCAUGAAAAUGCACCUCACCAAGCAAAGCUUUCUGCACAGGUGAUUGGAUCAAAUAAAACAGAAGCUUGUCCUGCUGGGGAGAAAUCGGUGAUAAGGACCCGGACUGAUGGUGUCACUGGCUACGAUACAGACACCAGUCAAGACUCUAGGGACAAAGGAAGUAUCAGCAGCAGAAGCAGAAGUAAAGGUUGGAAACCUAUGCGGGAGACGUUAAAUGUAGACAGCAUUUUCAGUGAGUCUGAGAAAAAACAGCAUAGCCCAAAGCACAAGGCAAAUCUGAACAGUAAAUCUAAGCACGAAAAAGAGCGAAGCUUUAGCUAUUGGCCAAAGGAGAACCAAAUCCAGAAAGGUUUAAUGACUAUAUAUGAAGAUGAAACAAAACAGGAUACAGGAAGUCGAAGUUCACUGGAUUCAGAGGGAAAAGGGAAUGCUGAAAAAAGCAAAGGAUUUACAGAGAGAAAAAUCCAUGGUGAUAACUGGCAAAAUCAGAAGACAGAAUCUGGAUAUGAAAGCAGUGAUCAUAUCAGCAAUGGAUCUGCAAAUCCAGACUCGCCUGUUAUUGAAGGAAUCAAUCCGGCAGAUGUCAAGAAUGUUAAAGAAAGUGCUUCCUACAGGAAGGAAUUGGCAGGGUGUUUGUCAGCUCCCUAUCUGGAUUGUGAACAGAACUUGCCAACCAAAAAACCUGACAAUGUGUUACAUUCGGUAACCCAGCAGAGAAGAAACUUUUAUGACUUGAGGAAAGACCAGGUCAAUUCAGAAGUUAACUACAGACCUCAUGUUAAUUUCCCGACAGAAUUACAUCUGCAGGUGCCCAGUCCUCCAGUAAAGAGAGCUGAAAUGCCUGAGACCAAUAGGAAACUUUUCCCAUCGUCAGCUCUACAGCCAAUUCUUAAAGACAUUGUUAAGUCAGAAAGUAGAAACAAGGCAAGUGAACAGAAUUCUUCAGAGUGGCUUAAUCCAGACAAGUUAGAGAAGAUGAACAUGCCAUUGUAUUGUGCAGAUGGCGUAUCCCACCCCUAUACGGAAAACGUCUGUGGAAGGAAGCUGAUGGGCAACGACUUUCACUCCUCUUCCCAGCCGCAGCCUCAUCACGUAAGAAUGUUUGGUCCCAAGGUGGGGUUGUCACCUUGUGUGCCACAGAACCUGUCAGAAAGGCCCACUGUGCUUCCCCCACCCACUGAGCAUGCCAGGCACCCACUCCGAAGGGUGGAUGCUAUUUGGGUGCCUGAAGCAGUGUACCAGAAUCUUCCUCCACCUUUACCGCCAAAGAAGUAUGCUCUGAAUACUUUUCCAGGAUCAGAAAAUAACUUGGCAGCUGAUACAAAAUCAACAGAGGUGUUGCAAAACAAUCCAUUGAGGCAAACAGGUACACCUUUAAAAUCUGGAUCAGAAGCAAGCACACUUACAAACGAACAAAGGCUUAAAGAGCCAUUUCAAGGGAAUGAAACGUUUGUUCAUAAACCGGAUUCUCCACCUCGCUUAUCAGUUAAUGAUUUUUGGACUGUGUCUGAAAACUUUUUAAAGAAAGGCUCUCGUCACACGGGACCAAGUGCUGGCUACGUGGAUGGAAAUGAUAGUGUAUCCCUAACAACUUACUUUUCAGUAGAUAGUUGUAUGACUGACACAUACAGAAUGAAAUAUCAUCAGAGACCCAAGAUCUAUUUUGCAGACAGUGGAAGCUUUCACAAAGAAAAGCAUCCUCCAUCAACAGGAGUAGAACUGAAUGCUACGUUCCAUGCUGCUCUUGAGCCCAGGCAUUCCACAUCCGAGCAACGGUACAAGGCAAAUGUAGAAGGCAUACACUGCAGUAGAUAG